AUGCAAGAAACCAGAGCCAAAGAAGCAAGUGAAUCCAGCAACGAGAGUCAAGAAUCAAGCAGCGAAAGCCAAGAAUCUACAAAUCCUCCUCCACAGCGCAGGCUUGAAGUGGAGGAAGAACAUUACAAAAAAGACUUUUUGAACCAAUUACAAAAUCACGGAUACGAUGGCCGUUAUUUGGUAAAACCUUCAGGGAACCCUAAAGAAGGCUGCGCCACCUUUUUUCUACGUGAAAGGUUUUCUUGCAUGGAGGAAAUCAAAGUGGUUUAUGGGAACCAGGAAUUCUGCAAUUUGGUGGCGGAGAAACUUUAUUUAACGGGAUAUGAUCCGCAGUCUUAUGAUCCCAAGUCUCAUUCGAAGCCUUCACAGAAAACACUCAAACGAUUCCGCGCUAAUAACAUAGCAUUGAUUAUUUUGUUGAGUUUUGAUUCGAAUCUGAUUUGUGUGGCCAAUACCCAUGUGUUGCCUAAUAAAGUUCGACCAGAUGUGAAGAUGUGGCAAGCUUAUUGUCUGCUACACAAAUUAGAAGAAAUUUCAAUGGAGAAAGGGAAUGAUGAUAUGCCCAUGGUGAUCUGUGGUGACUUCAAUUCUUUUCCCAGAAGCGCAGCCCACUGUUUACUGGUGGGCAAUGAAAUUGAUCAGAAUCACACACAUCUUGAGGCUGGUACAAAGUAUAGGUUUGAUGCAAACAAGUUAAAGAGGAGAUCCAUUGAAUUUUCUAGUGCUUAUUCUGCUUAUUUUGAGCAAGGAGUUUCAGAUUGUGGUGAUGAAAAUGAUGAUGUGAUGAAGCGUUGGAUGAAUCCGGAAACCAAAGAGCCUGUGUUUACUCAUUAUGCAUCUGAUUUUCAGGAGACUUUAGAUUAUGUAUUUUAUACCCACAACAAUUUAGAGGUGGAAAAAUUAUUAGAGGUUGUGGAUUGGGAUACUGUGUCUCAGGCGAAGGAAAAAUACAUUCCUUCUAGUGGAAAAGAAAAAGAAAUACAUCAUAGUGGAUGGGAUUCUGCGGACACAGAUCUUGUUGAUGAAAGGAAAAAAUCUGAUGAUUGA